AUGACUUCCAAGCCUCGUCUGACAUUUGCAUGCGGACCAUACGACCGCAUGGACGCCCUCGCCCACGGGGUGGUCCAAGCCGCUGGCAUCGAUUUGAACCACAUCACGAUCGACCACCCCAGGGACAUCUUCGACCGCAUGGCGGGAGGACUAGAAUUUGACGCAUCAGAGAUGUCGGCAUCAGAGUACAUCUGUCGCUACGCCGACGGCGAGCGAGAUCUGACGGCCGUCCCGGUCUUCCCAUCGCGGGCCUUCCGCCACAACUGCAUCGUGGUCAACACCAACCUCGUGCAGAAGCCGUCGGAUCUCAACGGAAAACGGAUCGGGGUCCAGCUCUACACCAUGACUGCGGCGGUGUGGAUCAGAGGCGCCCUGCAGGACGCCGGCGUCGACCUGUCCACGAUCACCUGGGUAGAGGGUGCCCUGGAGAAACCUGGCCCUCACGGCAGCGCGCACACCAAACCCAAGCCACUCCUCCGCCAGGUCAAGCGUGUGUCAAACGAGAACAAGUCAAAGUCCCUCAGUCAGCUGCUGGAAGAUGGGGAUAUUGCGGCAACCAUUGGUGCCGACCCCCCUCCGUGCCUUGGGAAGGCUUCCCACGUGCGCCAGCUGUUCCCCGACAUCAGGGAGACGGAGAAGCGGUAUUUUCGAGAGAGCGGCAUCUUCCCCAUCAUGCAUCUCGUGGUGGUCAAGACAGACGUCGUGGAUCGGUUUCCAUUCGUGCCGUCCAGUCUGUUCCACGCAGUGAACGAAUCCAAGGACAUUGCUCUGCGUCGGAUGAAAUACUCGGGCACGUACCGCUACAUGUUGCCCUUCUUGACCUCGGAUCUGGAGGAGAUUGAGGAAGUCUUCGGCGGCGAUCCAUGGCCUUACGGCAUCGAAGCCAAUAGGAAGAGCUUGGAAGCCCUGGUGUCGUUCCUCUACGAUCAGGCGAUGAUAGCUCGCAAGAUUCCCUUGGAAGAGCUUUUUGCACCAGUGCGCGGCAAGAAUCUGAAGAUCUGA